AUGUUUUUCAAGUCGUUCGCUUCUCUCACUUUGCUUGUUUCUGCCGCCUGCGGCUCUGCGGUUCCUGCUUCCAGCAAGAACACGAUGGUCAUGAACAACAAGCUGGGCCUCAAAGGAAAGUCUGCCGGUGCCGUGUACUUCAUUACGAAUGAACCUAGUGGCAACUUUGUCGUGUCUGCGGACAUCAAGAGCGACGGUACCCUGACACUUGCCAGGGCCGUAAGCGCAGACGGUCGUGGGCAGCAUGGCAAUGACAGCCCCGCUGCGGAAGGCCCAGAUGGUCUUUUCUCUCAAGCCUCCAUCAAGGCGUCUCAAAACGGCAAAGUCUUGGCAACCGUCAACCCUGGAUCCAACACUAUCGCGGUGUUUGCCAUCAAUGCAAAGAACCCGUCGGUAAUUGACAUGAUUGGCGGGCCCGUAUCUACCGAAGGGGAAUUCCCCAUGUCAAUUGCUUUCAAUGAGGCGGGAAACAAAGUCUGCGUCCUCAACGGAGGUCAAGUGAACGGAGUAAACUGCUACAAGGUCGAUCCCAAAGACGGGCUCGAGGCGAUCCCGGGCACUCUCCGCUCCCUUGGUUUGAACCAGACCACACCAGCCACCGGUCCUGCGGGGACCACCUCACACCUCCUCUUCAGCUCGGACGAGAAGUCCCUCAUGGCCUCCGUCAAAGGCGUUCCGCCCCAGCCCGGUUUCAUCGCCGUCUGGUCUGUCAAUGACGACAACUCACUCUCGCCCAAUUUCACCAAGGUCGCGCCCGCAGCCGGCGGCCUGCUUCCGUUUUCGAUGACCCCUAUACCCGGCAAGAACGCGCUGCUCGUGACCGACCCCGGCCUCGGCUUCGACGUGUUCGACAUGUCCAACGUCCAGGCCGGCGGUAGCUCGCAGAGCACGGUCAAUGCCACCGGCCAGAGCAGCGCGAACCCAAUUUCCGGACAGAGCGCGACGUGCUGGAGCAGUUUCAGCAACAAGACAGGGAGCUUCUAUCUCAUCGACAUCGGGACCGCAAUGGUGACGGAGGUUAACGUUGACUCCAACCUGAACGGCACCAUCGUCAAGCAAUACGCGCAGACUGCGAACUCCGGGCCCAUCGACAACACCGUCGCCACCGUGAACGGUAAAGACUUCCUCUACGUCCUUGGCGCCAACGCGACCCAGAUUGACGUCCUUUCUCUCAACGCCCCCGGUCAAGCGAAAGGCAUCCAGACCCUGGAUAUUGCCGGUCCGUCAAAGAAGGCCGGGCUCACGGUCAACCGUCUCAACCUGCAAGGCAUGACCGCGUUCAUCAAGAACUGA